AUGGCUGUGGUGGGGGAUUCUGCCAACAUGGAGAAGAUUUUGCGUCAGCUUCGAUUGUUAGCAGACGAAGAAACAAUUGAUGAUGCCUCAAUGACCCACACCGAUGAGGAAACUACACAGAGUGAUGGAUCACCUAUCAACUCUAAGGAGACCAAACUUCUGGAUCUCUUGAAAAAGCUGACGACAUCAAAAUCAGAACAAAAAGAAAUGCCAGAAAAAGAAGAAGAGGUUUCAGACGUAGAGCAGAACUACGACUUGGCAGAAAUUGGAAGUCAAGAUUCCACUUUUGAAGGCACCGGGACAGGUAAAGAAGCAGGUGUAUAUGAAGAGCAGGUCCACGACGUGGCAGAGAUCGGACAUCAUAGUUCUGACUUUGAAGCUACGGACAGUAGUGCAGGAGAUGCAAAUGUAGAGCAGACCUACAAAAUGGCGGGGAUGGGAGACGACGAUGCCACUUUUGCAGCUACGGAAGAGGGCGAGGAAGAAGAUGCAGAUGUAGAGAAGAACAACAACCUCUCAGCAUUCGGAACUCACAAUUCAACUUUUGAAGCUACGGAAGAGGAAAAUACGGACGGGGAGAAAAAUUACAACGUGGCAGAAAUCGAUCAACCCAAUUCCGCUUUUGAAGGACCCCAAAAUGAGACAGGAAGUUCUACUGACGGCUCCAAACAGACAAAAAAGGCCGUCCCUGCGUUCCUGGCUGCGGCAGCAAAAGAAAUAGGAGGAAAAGUCGUCAGCAAGCUUGGCGACAGGAUCGCGGAAGGUGUAGUGGAAAACCACCAGGAUAAGGUGGUGAACGGUCUGCAGGACUACCUGGGGAAACAGAUGGACAAGUUUGACGACGAGUACAAAGAUCUGUUGAAAGACACCAGUGGACUUGCGGCGGGUUUGAACCGACCGGUCGAGGAGGCGGACAUUCAGCUUCUUCCUAAGGCAGGAGCCACGAUGGGUAACAUGUAUGCACCACCAGGCUGGGAGAUCCGCCAUAAGUACAAGUACAAGGAUGACAGAGAUGAAAACAUGGGCAGCUCCAGUGGACAGACAGCAGCCUACACCUACCCAGCCGGACUAGGACCAGUUCUGAUGAACGGCUGCUUCGGGACCGGCUAUAAGAAUGGGGACCCCUGUUGGGAGGCCAAGAUACCACUGGAAGGCUGUCCGAACAUGAUAGAUGGUGCGACCUACCUCGGUGUCGGCUUCGACGGAAGAGGUGUGUACUCGGCAGAGUCCAGGAAGAAAAGCGUCAUACAGAGAUCAUGCGAAAACCUGCAAACUUAUGGUGAAAAUGAAGUUCCCGACUCCAUGACUUUGCAAGGCAUCUACGACACCAACGUGGAGUCCUACACCUUCAGCUCAACAGAAGAAUACCGGCAGUACCUGGCGGAAAAAUCGGCCGUUACGUCUGCCAAGGCGAUGUUCCAGGAGGAAAUCAACAAGGCGUCUGGACACGGAGCAGGGGGCGGGGCUUUUGGAUUACUGUUCUCCGUAGGAGGCGGUACAUCCAGCCAGAGUGGCACAUCCAGCCAAUCAUCAGGCUCCAGUGCCAGCUCUUCUGCCAGCGCCCAGCUGAGUGAGCAGCACACACAAACAUUCAUGGCUAUGUUGGAAAUAAACAUAUUCAGGUAUGAGAUCUUCAUGGACGACGUGACGCCAGACCGGCUGAAUGUGGGUUUCCUGCGAGAUUUCAUCUCACUACCGGAAUCCUACUUCUCUCCUGGAGCAGAAAUCAUCUUCCAAAAUUUCUACCUCCGCUGGGGAACACAUUACAUCAAGUCAGCCAAAUUCGGAGGCCAGCUGAAAAUCAUCAAAACGAAACAAGCUACAAAGGACCUGUCGAUGUCUGAAUUUGCCUCAAAAGCCGAGUCCGACUGGAAGAUGACUCUCAGCACCUUCUCGGCUCAGGCGUCACAAACCAAGUCCAGCAGCUGGUGGCAUGAGCACGAGACGAAGACUGAGUCACAACAAUCAACAGGACAGGCGGCUUCCGGUUCAGAGUCUCAGGCGAACAGAGAACAACAGAAGCAAGCGUCAUCGCAAGACUACAGCAACGAGAUGCUGGAGGUUCAAGGUGGAGACCAGAAGAUUGCCGCAGCCAUCACGGAGAUGUACAAGACAAGCCUUACAACUGAGCUGAAGGACUGGUUGGAGUCCAUUAACGACUACCCCAAACCCUUCUCCUUUGUGUUGAGACCAGUUCCAGAUCUACUAAACAUCCCUCUCGUCUCGCUCUUUCCUACAGGGGUGCUGGAUUAUGGUUGUUUUGGUAAAAGGGAUCUAAAAACAGAAGAGGGAACGGGUCGAAAAUAUUACACACAAACGACAACCAAACAAGUUGGUGAUGACAAGGGAGCUAAGAAUAGUAGCGAAACGGUAACGGUCUCUGAGAUCCGUUAUUGUAACUUCGCUAACCGUAAAGCCCUUGAGGACAGCAUGACUAAGAAGAGACUGUCCCUUGGACGUGCUGUGACGGUGUACCUGGAAGAGGGUCGUCUCCUGAGCUCAGACUUCCUCCUGCCCGCUGGAGAGGCAGGUUGUGAAACCGCCAUGUUGGCCUUCCUUCAGGGGGACAACACCGGCGUGCCUACAUGGGCAGACAUGACCGGAGGGAAGGAGUUCACGGUCGUUUUCGACAUGCCGUACGACAUCCCGGGGAUCCUUCAGGCUCAGGACGUGCUGGAACUGAAGUUCUUUCGUCACAAGUGGUUUUCCUACAGGAGAGGAUUUGUGCCGCAUUUGUAUGACGGCUACAAGAACGGUGGAAGCAACGAUCUCCAGGGAAAAAAGGUCAGUGUCCAGGGCCUUGUCAUGACGUACAACGAGGAAACCGGUGUCUUUACUGUUACGGAUGACGACUUUGAGGCGUCAGCUCCCCUUGUACAAGACCUACCAGACUGGAUAAAAAGUCGUGACGUAGCCAGAGCUGAGUAUAAAAAACUACUCAGCCACCUCAGCAAGAAAUCUGAUACAGUAGGAGACGUUCCGUGUAGCAUCCAUUGGUCCAACGCACAUCGCUUUGAUCCGACCAACGGAGGAAAGUGCAUCCACUUCACUGCAGCAUCAGAAGGAGACAUCUUUGUUGUGUUCGCCAGCAUCCCGCAGAACCAUGAGACCUGGGUGUACAUACAGAUCUCACCAGGAGGAGUGGCAUUAUAUAAGGCAAUGCGGCUGCAAACCACUCAGCUGAAUGACAACGCCGGUGGUCUGGGUUCGGCAACACUGUACCAAAAUUACUUUGUCUGUGUGACUGAAGAUGUGGAGGAGACUAACACAGUCAUUCAAUACGGGAAGACACCUGACAAUGAGGAGCGACCACAUGUGUGGCUGAGUUUCACAUUUCCCGAGCUGGCGUCCCUUCGAUACUAUUCCUUCGGCAGUGGGGAGUCUCCUGUCAAGGUGAUGGGACUGUCACUGUUGGACAGCCCGGCAAAAGACUUCAUCAUCUGCCGACAAGGGACGGAGAUGAUCAAUGGGGUGUGUCAACAGAAAUGUCACCCAGAGUGUGAAGGUUGCCGUACAAGUGGAUCGAACUCUCCAAUGGACUGCAUCGCCUGUAAACAUCUGAAGGUGCCUUACCCCUACAAGGAGGGCCCUAUCGACGCCUUUAAGUGUGUCGCGCAGUGUCCUCAGCAUAUGGAACCCGUUAAUGUUAAAAAAACCUGUACAUGCAUCAAAAGGAUGGAGGAGACACGCUCUGAUGGUGUCGUGGACUGUGUGACAGAGUGUCCCCUGACUCACUUUAAUGAAAACAAAGUCUGUAAAAAAUGCAGCAGCUUUUGUACAGACGUCAGUAAGAAUGGAAAGAGGGUUUGCUCAGGACCCACUUCAGCAGACUGUGACACGUGCAAAUAUAAAAGAGACGGACGUUGUGUGGAAGGUUGCAGUCCUGGACAGAAGGCUGUCAGAGGAGAAGACGGGUCUUUUACCUGUCAGCAAUGUCAACCUGGCCACGAGUGUAAGCUGGGGGACGAGCAAGAAGACAUCUGUCCAGCGGGAAAGUACAGUAACGAUGCCAGGACAGCGUGCGAGCUGUGUGCAGCAGGAGAGUUCAGCAGCUCUCCGGGGGCGACGUCCUGUCAGAAGUGUCCAGCUGGACAAACCAGUACACCAGGAUCUUCUGACUGCAAACGUGCAUGGCUGAUACAGGAUCCUUCUUGGGUUGCGGACUCCACCGGUCCACCCUCGGUCAACAAUGGAGUGACAAAUGAUGCUGCAAAAGCAUUGGACGGGGAUACUGAAACCUACUGGGAACCACUGACCGACAAGAAUGUCAAAACCUGGUACAUCUCACUGGACCUCAAAGAGCCCAUUACUUUGAACCACAUCGCAGUCAACAACUACGGCGACAACUACCACGACAUUGCAGCAUUCACUUUACAAAGGGUUGGAAGUUCGUACAACUGGGAGGACGUCUUGUCCGUUACCAACGUGCAGGGAGGGACGGAGCGGCGUCAGGAGUUCGGUGGGUUCCAGGAAACAGCGCGCUAUUGGAAAUUUGUGAUCACUCGGACCCAGACGGACUGGAGGCCAAGGCUCAGAGAACUCAACCUCUCCGGAUUUAAAUCAGGUUAAACCAAGUGUUUUGAUGCUCUCAGAGGUUGACGAGGCCAGCAAGGUUACCUUUCCUACAAGGUACAUUACAUAGAUUAUUUUAGUCUCUACCAGACUCCGGUAGCACGCGUGCUGUUCCCUAGUCGGCUAUACUUCUCUGCCCGGCUUACUCCUCUAUUUGUUCCAUUUCUACGAUUUUCCAGCGAUCCGGAGUCUGUUAGAGACUAAUAUUAUUUCGUUUUUGAUCCCGAUUUACGUAAUACGAUAGUUUGCUUUUUAUGCCGCAUAUUCUUUUUGACGACAACCACUAAGCAUGAAAAGAAAGCACUACUUAAAAACAACUUAUUUCUAGUUCGCAUAGUUAUUGUUUCCGGAUUUACAAACUGUCUUUUCAAAUAUUUCCGUGUAAAGU